AUGCCCAUGAGGCAGUGCGAUUUUGGGCCGGAAAAGGCCGUGCGACCAUGCACCGUCGAUGACUUCCGAUUCUAUCGCACGAUCGCGAUUCUUGCGAUUGUGGCGGUUUUCUUGGCGACGGGCGCGGACGCCAGGCGCCGCAGCGACGACAGCGAUGGGGACUGCGGCAGCCUUCACGAAAAGUGCUGCAGGUGGAGGACCUGCGACGACGGUCUCGUGUGCAAAGGGACCUACGGCAACCGGAAAUGCGUCCAAAACUCCGACAAGCAGUCAGAAGAUUCCGAAGACUCCAAAUCAAAGAAAUCCAAUGACUGCCCCAGCGGCCAGUACCGCAACAGGCGCUGGCGCUGCCAGGACUGCGACGCCAACUGCGACAGCGCCCCGGGCUCCUGCGUCGACUUGCAGGGCUGCAAAGCCUGCAAGCCCGGGUACAAGCUGGAUGCCUGGCGGCGCUGCGCCCAGGACUGCCAGAACGGCCUCGAUCCAGUCACUGGACAGUGCGUUCCCGACGGCCAGUGCCCCAGUGGCAAGUACAAGCACGGCACCAAAGACUCGUGGUCGUGCGAGAAAUGUGACAGGAACUGCGCUCCCGGAAAGUGCCUGGACUUCAAAAACUGCGUGAAGUGUGAGGACGGGUACGGCGCCAAAGUGGAGGGGGAUUGCAGGAUGGUGUGCAGCCGGGACGGUUCCGAGGAGAUUGUGGACGGCGUGUGUGCGUGCAAGGCCGGCUUCUUCAGGAACGACGAAGGGAACUGCGAGUGCCCGGCGAAUCACGUGAAGAUCCAGGGGGAGUGCACGUCUUGCGGGGAGGGGAUGAUAGUGAAACGCAACAGGUUUGCGUAA